UGCCAUGCAGCUCGAGGAGGUAGGUCUGGUUCCCGCUCCAGCGAGGGAGCCGAGACUGACCCGCUGGCUGCGGAGAGGCAGUGGGAUCUUGGCGCACCUGAUAGCUUUGGGCUUCACCAUCUUUCUGACUGUGCUGUCCCGGCCAGGAACCAGUCUUUUCUCCUGGCACCCUGUGUUCAUGGCCUUGGCGUUCUGUCUCUGCAUGGCUGAAGCUAUCCUACUCCUCUCACCUGAGCACUCCCUGUUCUUCUUCUGCUCUCGAAAGACCCGGAUUCGACUGCACUGGGCAGGGCAGACCAUGGCCAUCCUCUGCGCUAUCCUGGGUUUGGGCUUUAUCAUCUCCAGCAAGAUCCGCAGCGAGCUGUCCCAUAUGGUGUCCUGGCACAGCUGGAUAGGAGUUCUGACACUCGUGGCCACUGCGGGACAGGCACUGUGUGGGCUCGGCCUCCUCUGUCCGCGGGCAGCCCGGGUCUCAAGGGUGGCUCGUCUCAAGCUCUACCAUCUGACCUGCGGCCUGGUCGUCUACCUGAUGGCUACAGUAACAGUGCUCUUGGGCAUGUACUCAGUGUGGUUCCAGGCCCAGAUUAAAGGUGCAGCCUGGUACCUGUGCCUGGCACUACCGGUGUACCCAGCCCUGGUGAUCAUGCACCAGAUCUCCAGCUCCUACUUGCCAAGGAAGAAAGUGGAAAUGUGAAUGCCUCCAGACUCUGAGCCUAGGCGGGAUUCUUGGACUUCAGCAGUUCCUUGGCACACCUCAGAGGCAGACGAUGUUUUGCACUGCGUGGUUGAGCCACAGGGUGCAGAAACCCUAGCUGUUACUGCUGAGGGAUGAUCUGGUGGGCUCCAAUGGGGGAAAUGUACUACUGGGUGCAAGUGGAAGGUUCUGGAGAACCUGAAGCCUCACCUUGAUGGGAUACAAAAGUAUUAGGUGGUGGUGCUGAUGGUGACGGUGGUGAUACUAUUUGCUUGUGGAGUUCCUGUUGGUUAUGAAUGACAGCCACAGACAGAUAUCGGGGUCCCUUUGGAAAGGCAGUACUGUGGAGAGCCCGUGGUCUCUUUGGCUGUGCUGUACAGUCGCCCUUAGACAAGCUCCAUAUCUCAGGACCUCAGUUUCCGCAUCCUUUAACAUUCAGUGUCUGGCAGAUUGAUGUUACUGAAUACCCCCUUAGCUCUGGACCAUGUGAACAGCUCAGGAUGUAAUUCUCUCCUCCAUGCUUCCUUCACUCCCCUGGAAGGACAACUCUAUACCUGCAUCCUUCAGAAAUCUGUGCUGGCUCCACUCUUGAGCCAAGGAACAAGGGCCACGAAUCAUGGAAAAAAGGGACCGAGUUGAGGGUCCCCUAGACAAUAAGAUAGUAAAGGCACUAAAGUCACUUUAAAGUUCUUUGGAGGAACAGAAGGGCAUUGUCCUUAACCAAGCCCCAGACUCCUGGCCUCCUUAGCUCAGCUAAGAACUUCCUUCAGGCUACCUCUGGGUCUAGAUUGUAGAGUCUGGGCAUUCUCUCGACAUUCAUUCUCAGGGCAUCUGACACUGCCUGUAGGACUUAGAGUAUUUACUUAGCACAUUGCUCCAGGGAACUAUUCUUAGGCUUUCGGAACAAAAUAAAAACCAGGGAGUGGCCGGGCAGUGGUGGCACACGCCUUUAAUCCCAGCACUCUGGAGGCAGAGGCAGGCGGAUCUCUGUGAGUUCUAGGCCAGCCUGGUCUACAAGAGCUAGUUCCAGGGAGACGCCAUGCUUAGCUCUCCCGGGUAGACUCGACAGCUCUGCUCUCUGGAGCAGAGGCCCUGCUUCGCUCUCCCAGGCAGCUCCGACUCAGGAUGGACGUAGGCUAGAAUCUUCCUGGUAAGCGCACCUUGGGGUGCUUACACACAUUAUUAGAAAUGGGCUAGUCCAGGUGCAAGAGUUAGCCGAGAAGAGGCUAGAUAUAAUGGGCAAGCAGUGUUUAAAAGAAUACAAUUUGUGUGUUGUUAUUUCGGGCAUGAGCUAGCAGGCGGCCGGGGUGCUGGGGACGCAGCCCCGCCGCUCCUAUUUCAAGAGCUAGUUCAAGGAACUCGGUGUCUCCCUGGUUGUCCUUCCCUUCUGGCCAUUUAAGUUUUCCUUAGCUGUUCCCUGCCAGCCCCUUGGCUUAGGAGUGGGAUGAUUUUGGUAACAACUGGGCUCUCUUCCCUGCCAAGAUACCUCCUUGGUCCAGCUGAGUUCCUCAGAGCAUCCUUAGCGGUGAGGACUGGAUGUCAAACCGCUUAGCUGUGGUGUGGGUCAGUCCAGGAGACAAACCCUUUAUAGAUCCUAAUAAGGAGUAGAGAUUGCUGAGCCAGGAAAUGUCCUCACCCAGCUUUCUUCCUGGGAGGCAGAGCCCAUCAGAAACUAUGGGAGGCCUGCAGUAUAGGGGCUUGAGCACAGACAAAGGAGAAGUAUCUGUUCUAUGUCUCGGAUCCUCUGAAGAUUUAAGGCCUCCUCUCCAGGUAGCUCAGAAAUUAGGCGGGUGGGAUUCAAUAGUAUGGGGAUGGGGACCCUAGGGCUGAAGUGGCCUCUUAGUGGCCCUCACUGUGCUUUUCCUCAGGGAGAUAGCAUCUCUCAUAAGUUGUCUAAAUACAGCUUACUGAACAGAGGCUCCUGCAGCGCAGAGGGAAACCAUUCUUGUCUUUUUCAACGCCUGCUCUCCCUCUCAAGCUGUCCAGUGUGCUUUAAGCGUGGAAUGGUUACUGGGCCACAUGAAAGAGGGUCUCACUAGGGUCACUUUGAUGUAGGGCUCUGUCUCCUUCCCAUAUCAAGGCCCGUGCUGGGGGCUCCCCAGGGUGGGCCAGGUAAGGUUCAGCAGCUCAUUCUCAGAGAUAGAGGCGAUGCCGGAAAGCCUGAGUCUGCCUGAGGUGUUGCCUCUUCCCAGGUGGUG